AUGGAUAGCAUGAGUGAGGCAUUUGAUCAAAUGCAAAUGGUCAAGGAUGUUAUGGCCAACAGUGAUAAAGUUUCAGAGGUCCUACAAGAGUCUACUCAUCAGUUCAACCUGCUUACUUCACCACUUCCUACCAAAGAGAAGCUAGGCAUUGCUGGAGCCUUGCAGCGCCCUACUACUUCAAUCAUGUUUGGAGAUGCAACUUCUAAGUCUCCUCUUGGAGUGUUCAAGAACUAUCACUUGAAAAUUGGAGAAUGCAUCAUCCAAACUGAUCUCACUGUGAUGGAAAUGGAAGAAGAGAAGGAUUUACCUCUGUUAUUGGGAACCCCUUUCCUUAGUACAGUUGGCGCUUCAAUAGACUUUCACAAGCAAGAAGUGAUCCUUCACAAGGAAAGGGUUGACAAAGAACCAAGAGUUGGGAAGGAUAAGGAUGAGAGAGGACCAAGGAUUGAGAAGCCACGUCUUGAGAGGGCUAGAGUUGAGAAACCACGAAGGGCUCUAAAAGAAGGGGAGGAUGUAGCCUCUAAGGCAAGACCAGGUGAUAAAAGAAAAGAUCCACCAGCUCAGGCCCCUUCAUUCAAGCCAUCUCAGCUCACAAUGACUUUGUUCCCCACCAAGUUUGAAAAUGGGAAGAUUGAGUACAAGAUAAGGUACAAGGGGAGAUCAAGGCCAUUCUCUAGAGCCAAGGCCUUGGUGACUUCAGAACAAUCCAGGGACCCAACCAAGCUAAAGGAGCUUCUGUCUCAAGUCCUCACUAUCACCCUUGAUGGUGACAAAGGAGCCAGCUCGACCGACAGCUCGAUCGAGCUAGAAACAGGGCAACUCGAUCGAGUUCCACAACUCGACCAAGGUACUUUAGUGAAGAAACAGUGUAACAAGAUGACAAACAGUGAGGGAAGUCGUGCUUCACAAAGGAGAAUGGUUGAGGGUGAAUCAAGCAAUGCAAGGGAAAGAAGGCUUAAGAUGCAAGCCGAUUUGGAGAGGAUGAUCAGAGGAUGGAAGAGUCUGAUGCAGAGGGAUAUGUCUACUCUGAGGAGACAGUCUGAGAGUGAGAGAUUGAGGGAAGAAAGGAGAACCAAGAAGAGGAAUGACCCCAUUAGUAGUGAGAGUGAGCAAGGGGAGUUUGAGAUUGGAGUGAACCUUGUUCAAGAGGAGGGAAAUGGCUCUCCAAAUGAAGAAGGAAGUGAUGAGACUGAGAGUGAAGAGGAAGGAGAAGAGGUGAAUCAAUUGGUUGAUGAAGUGAGCAAGAGAACCAAGAUGAGCCAUGGAGGAGGUUGA